AUGCUGAAUAUACAGUGCUGGGUUGUUGCAGAUCAGACGUACGGGGAGGUCAAUCAGCUCGGCGGGGUGUUUGUCAACGGCCGGCCUCUUCCCAACGCGAUCCGGAUCCGGAUCGUCGAACUGGCGCAGCUCGGAAUCAGGCCGUGUGAUAUAAGUCGACAGCUGCGGGUCUCUCAUGGCUGUGUGAGCAAAAUUCUGGCCAGGUACAACGAGACCGGCUCCAUUUUACCCGGUGCUAUCGGUGGGAGUAAACCCCGGGUCACGACGCCAAACGUGGUGAAAAGCAUACGGGAUUACAAACUGGGCGAUCCUGGAAUAUUCGCUUGGGAAAUACGCGACAGACUGCUGGCCGACGCGGUGUGUGACAAAUAUAACGUCCCGUCCGUCAGCUCCAUCAGUCGCAUUUUAAGAAACAAGAUUGGGAACCUGUCUCAGCCGAGUCAGUACGACAGCAAACCCUCUCCGCCGCAGAUCUCCUAUAACCCCGUGUAUCCGUACUCCUACCCGAACGCCAUGUCCCCGACUGGCUCCAAACUGGGCAGUCCUCCGGCCAUGUCUGUCAGCCUGUCCCGGGCCUGGCCCUCCGUUCACACCGUCAGCAACAUUUUAGGAAUACGGGCUUUCAUGGACCCCGCAGGUACAAUCACACCUUCUGGUUCAUCAAAUUUAUCGGGAUAUGUUCCUGCGUGCGCGUACUCCGCCACUAAUCAGUACGGUGUUUACGGUGGACACGCGGGUAACUACGGGCACUGGCAGUCUCAGGGCGCGGGUCUCGCCCAUCCGAACACCGGAACCAUGAUACAGAGCCCGAACCUGCACAGCGCCAUAUCCUUCAAAGCCCCGCCCCGAGAAGUCUCUGUUUGCUCUUACAAACGUGGGCCGCUGCGGACGCCUGCGGUUCUUAUCCAGUACGGGCUCAGCACUUUCUGUGUUUAUUUGGGUGGCAUGGAGGCAUGGCUUUGA